UUCCGCUGGGGAGGGGCUCUGGCGGAGGACCAUUUGGGAGGCGGGGCUUAUAGUCAGUAUAGAGGAAUUCUAUUGGCCAGUGCUUGUGCCAAUCAAAGUAGAAGCGGCAUACGGAUAGCAAUAAUGGCUGAUUCUCAUCCCAGUGUCGCGAUGGCUCAUCAACGAGUCUGCUGUCAGGAUAAAACGCCAAUCCAGAUCCUGCACGAAUACGGCAUCAAAAUCGGCAGCGCUCCCCAGUACGAGCUCUUACACGCGCUCGCUGACGGAGACGCGCACCAGCCUUCUUCCUUCGUCUUCGGUGUCACCAUAGGAGAUGUCACAUGCAAAGGGCAAGGAGCGACUAAAAAGGCGGCUAAACAUGACGCUGCAGAAGCCGCCUUGAAAUUAUUGAAACGAGACCCCCAGCCAAAUGGUCAGAGAGACAAUGGUCUUUCUCCUGAAGGCGGUGACGGGUCCAAUCCUGUGGGAAUACUGCAGGAACUGGCCAUGCAGCGGGUGUGGUGUCUGCCGGAGUAUAUGGUGUGUAUGGAGACGGGUCCGGAUCACAUGAAGGAGUUCACCGUGACCUGUCGUCUGGAGGGCCUGGAGGAGUCAGGGGCCGGCAGCUCGAAGAAGCUGGCCAGACGAGCAGCCGCUGAACGCAUGCUGGGGAAACUGCAGAGUCUGUCCGGCUCUCCCGAGAUCACGUGGAGCCCUCCUGCUCGUGUGUAUGUGGAGAGCUUCCGGCAGUCGACGGGCGAGAAGAUCUCGCUCCUGAAGAUGACUCCUCUCAGCAUCCCCAACACAGACUACAUCCAGAUGCUGCUGGAGGUCUCGCUGGAGCUGGGCUUUCAGGUCGCAUACGUAGACAUCGAUGAGCUGACCGUGAACGGGCAGUACCAGUGUUUGGUGGAGCUGUCGACCCGGCCGGUGACGGUGUGCCACGGCUCCGGCAUGACCAGCAGUAACGCCCACAACGCCGCCGCACACAACGCCCUGCAGUACAUCAAGAUGGUGGCUAAUAAACACUAACAGGACUGCGCGCACAUCGAGUCUGAGAUGCUGAACUCUGACGUGUGGAGCGACUGACCCGGGCCGUUCUGCUGGAAGAGACACGGCUCUAUGCAGAAAAUAAAUCCAUUUCUGGGUCACAACCCUGAGUUUAUUUCUGGAUGAGGCAAAGUGCUUCAUUUACAUCCAAAUGGUCAUUUAUUUACACUAAACUUCAAACUGGAUUCAGUCCGAUGUACUGAAUACUGAAUAGAAAGUGUUUGCCACUGCAUCACACCUGACCAUGGUCUUUUUUUUUAUUUUUUGCUUAAUAAAUCCAUUGUAAACACCAUA